AUGGCGUACAAUUCAGCAGUAUCUCGAGAGCAACUCCUUUCUAUUAAGCAACAGCACAUCAAGACUCUAGUGGAGCUUUGGCCAUMGCUGAAAGCAUACCACGCUACAGAAUCCCUUUGGGGUGACGAGGUCGAAUACUUGGCACUUCGACUGGAAGAGAAAAUUUCCGAGGUCCACCUUUCCCUGCGAUGCUCAAACAUCUUGAYCGAUCUCAAGAAGCUAUGGCAAGAGGAGUCUUUCGAUGCCGAAGCGUAUCAGUACAUGCUGGAGAGUCAGCCACGCCAACCUUACACCGAUUCGCUGCGUGAUCUUGCUCAUGUCGAACAGAACAUGCGAGAUAGGCGUCAAAUGAUUCGCAGCUGUUUGACUGGAAAUGAGCGAGUGGUAACGUUGACCAACGUUGCGACUCUGGGCUCUUCAUAUAUGGACACAGAUCUCAGCAAGCUGGUCACUCAUAAACAGCGCUAUCAGGAAUUGAUGAAUGGUGUUCUCAAUAGGGCGRGAGAGUCGGAAGGUAACUAUGGUGGCGAAAUCAGUACUGCUGCGCGUCAGGGAACCGCAGUCCAGCUUAAUGAUCCAAUCCACGGCUUGGGAGGUUGCGGUUUGCAGGUAACCUUCUCCGCCAGGGACUUGGAAGAGGCUUGCGAACUUCACGACCAGCUGAUACCAUUGGGACCUCUGAUGCUGGCAAUAAGCGCCGCGACGCCGAUUUACAAGGGCCGGCUUGUGGCCACUGACACACGCUGGGCAGCCAUGUGCAUGAGCGCCGACGAUCGCAAGUCCCAAGAGAAACCAAGCACUCACCCACGCAUGGGUUGUACGCCAAUGUAUCUUGCCGAGUGCCCCUCUGCUUCAAAGCUGAACGACCGUCCUUUGCACAUGCUCGAAGAGCUCAGCCCUGACCUCCACGAGCUAGACCUGCCAAACUCACUUGCUACCUAUUUCAGCCACAUUCUGAGUCGAGACCCACUGAUGGGAAUUUCGAGUAUGCCCGACAAGGACGAUACCUCACAAGAUGCCAAGCGGACUAGAAUCGAACUCUUACAUGUCCAUAUGUCAACCUGGUGGCCACACGUUAGACUGAAGCUUCCCGUUUUGUCCGACGAAGGCCCGUCUCUUCCCUGGCGACUCGAGUUUCGUCCGAUCGAAGCACAGCCCAGCGACAAGGAGAAUGCCGCACUGGUUGCAGGCACAAGAAUCUUACAUCAGACAAUACAGCACUACGAUCUGGAUUUGAGAAUUCCCAUAUCAACCGUAGAGGAAAACAUGGAUCGCGCGAGCUCUCAAGCAGCGGUCUCCAACCAGGUCUUCUGGUUCUCUGCACGUACAAAGCGGCAGUCCGCGGAAGAAGAUCUCGAAUUCGAAGGMUGGGCAAAUCUGGAUACCAUUUUUAAUGGAGGUCGCGAUGACUCUGGUCGAUCAUGGAGAGGUUUCAUCCCACUAGCAAAGGACUAUCUCGCGUAUCGCUCCAUCUGCGAGUUACCCGAGGAUGAAAGGCAGCAGAUUCUCGAUUCUUUGAGAUUUCUCUCCGCGAGAGCGAGUGGGAAAUUGACCACUCCUGCAACGUGGAUGCGGGCUUUUGUAAGUCAACAUUCGCAGGGUAAGUUGCAUGAUAAGGAGAUGUCUCCUUCGGUGUAUUAUGCGAUGAUUCAAGCGCUUUCGGAGUAG